AUGGUGAUUUUAACAUUUUGUUCUCAUUCUAUACAUUGGUUAUUACUAAAUGGAAGCUACUUAUUUCAGGAUCUGUAUAUCCAUGUUGGCUGGCCUUUAUACUGGAAAUAUGGUCAUGCUUUUGAGGCAUUCAAAAUUAUUGUGACUAAUCCUGAUACUGUUCUGAAUACUCUUACCCGUGAAGUCAAAGAAAUUGGUCCUGAUGGACAGGAGGUAACUAAGGUGGUUCCUGCAUUAUCGGAGGAAGUGAAAGAUUCUCUAAUAAAAAACAUGAGGAGAAGAAUGACCCCCCAACCUUUGAAGAUUCGGGCUGACAUUGAAAUGAAAUGCUUUCAAUUUGAUGGCGUUCUUCACAUCAAGGAUGCCAUGCGAAAAGCUGAAGCUGCUGGCAAUGAUGACUGUCCUGUUAAAAUAAAAUUGGUUUCUCCUCCACUUUAUGUUCUAGCCACUCAGACUCUUGACAAGGAGCAAGGAAUAGCGGUUCUCAACAGAGCAAUUAUAGCUUGCACUGAAGCAAUAGAACAGCACAAGGGAAAACUUGGUGUGAAGGAGGCACCCAGAGCGGUGAGUGUCACUCUUACUUUUAACACUUGAUGAACGGGAUGACAAUGUUUUUGUCGAAAUAGAUUUCUACUUAGCAUAACAACUUGCUAUUUUUCUUUUUGUUUCUGAUAUUGUGCAUCAAUUUUAGGUGAGCGAAAGGGAUGACAAACUACUUGCUGAGCACAUGGCCAAGCUACGCGAAGCCAAUGAAGAGUUGAGUGGUGAUGAGGAUAGUGAAGAGGAGGAAGACACAGGAAUAGGAGAAGUUGAUGUGGAGAAUGCCGGCAUAACAGAGUGAAAUAGCAUAGAGAGGGUUUUUUUUUUUUUUU